AACAUGAAAUUUGCUAAAUUUAAUUUUAAUAACGCCGUAACGGCAAAAAGUAGUUUAGGAAUGGAUCGCGCUGUGUCUUCAGUAAAUUUUGCAUUUUGCCACGAGUUCGCGGUUCAAACUUCAACUUCAACGCUGAGCUAAUCGGCAUAUGUACAGGGUGGACAGAAAUAUCGGGUACCCCCAAGAAAGUUUUUCAUUAAAAAUAUAGGUUGGCAACGUGAAAUAGAUGCAUAUGAUUGGUGAAAUGUUAUCUCUCCAGUCUAACAACCAAUCAUGUGCUACCAUUAUUAUCAUUCACUGUGACCAACCGAAGUAUUUAGCAGAAAACUUUUUUAGGGGUACCCGAUAUUUCUGUCCACCCUGUAUGAACCUUAUCUGUCCAUAAUGUCAUUGACGUGAAGCAGAAGAAAAUCUUGGAGGAUACUUUCGGUAGAUUUCAUUCAUAUUUGAGAAUUUCAUUAACAGAACGAUGUAAUUUACGUUGUUCGUACUGCAUGCCUGAAAGUGGCGUUAAUUUGACAGCCAAGAAAAACCUUCUCACUACCGAAGAAAUGUUACAAAUAGUUGAAUUAUUUGUGCGUCAAGGUGUGAGUAAAAUCCGACUCACCGGUGGAGAACCGACAGUCCAUAAAGAUCUCGUUCAUAUCGUUGAUCGUCUGCGUCAGUUCCGUACUUUGAAAAUCAUCGGUAUGACUACAAAUGGCCUUACAUUAACGAAGCAGUUGGCUGAUUUACAAAAAGCUGGAUUAAACGCUUUAAAUGUUAGUCUUGAUACACUGGAUUCGGAGAAAUUUGAACGGAUUACUCGACGUAAAGGGUGGUCAAGAGUCAUUGAUGGAAUAGAUUAUGCGCUUCAAUUAGGAUUCAAUCCAGUCAAAGUCAAUUGUGUUGUAUUGAAAGACUUCAACGAUGAUGAGGUGUUGGAUUUUGUUGAAUUGACGAAAAAUAAGAACCUUCACGUUCGUUUCAUCGAAUUCAUGCCUUUUGGAGGCAAUAACUGGAAUACCAAACGUUUAGUAACGUUUUCAGAAUUGCUGGCAAAAGUGCGAAGUAAAUAUCCAACUUUUCAAAGUAUUCAAGAAGUCGGUUUUAAUGAAACGUCCAAGAUGCACAAAGUUCCUGGUUUUACUGGAGAAGUUGGAUUCAUUUCCUCCAUUACUGAUAAUUUUUGUGGAUCUUGCAAUAGACUGCGAUUACUAGCUGAUGGGAGCCUGAAAGUCUGUUUGCUUGGUAGUGCUGAAGUGUCGCUGAGAGAUGCAUUAAGAAACGGAUGUAGUCAAGACGAUAUGCUAAAUCUGAUAAACGCAGCUGUACGUCGUAAAAAGAAACAACACGCAGGUAAUUCGAUCAUCUCCAGCACUAAAGAAAGUCGCUUCCUCAUUCGUUCAGUACCUCAUUUCAUUACAUCGGGAUUACGUAAUUACUGUGCUUCAAGAACUGAUGAAAGUAAGCUGACUCACGUCAGCGAAGACGGUAAAGCCACAAUGGUUGAUGUUGGUGGUAAAAUAGCAUCCGAACGAUAUGCUUGCGCGUAUGGUGAAGUAUAUGUAGGUAGAGAAAUUACCGUUUUAAUUAAACUAAACCAACUAAAAAAAGGAGAUGUUAUAAGCAUAUCGAAGUUAGCUGGUAUAAUAGGUGCCAAAAAAACAUCUGAAUUGAUUCCUUUAUGUCAUAAUGUAUCGUUAUCAUUCAUAAAUGUCGAGUUGACAUUGGAUGAAAGUAUUCAUUGUGUGAAAAUUGUAUCUCAGGUUCGUUGUUGUGAUAAAACUGGCGUUGAAAUGGAGGCUUUAACGGCUGUGUGUGUCGCUGCAUUGACAGUUUAUGAUAUGUGUAAGGCAGUCAGUCAUGAUAUUGUGAUAAAAAAUGUGAAAUUAGUCAAGAAGACUGGAGGUAAGGCAGAUUUCAUUAGAUGAUAUCGCAGAAUUUUUUCAUAGCUGCGUUUUGAUGAUUAUUUUCACCUGUUGGUUUGGAAGAAAAUGUCUAAAUUUUAUUUUAAAAUGUCUUUCUACUUUUUUUUUUCUUUUUCAAUUGAAUUGGUUUUUAAACGAAAUUAUGGUAAAAUGAAUUGAAAUGUCGUACAAUACGAUGCCCAAGCAUGUAGAUACAUUUUUCAGUUUCAUAUAGUUGCCUUCGUUUUAUUUUACAAAAUGUGUUUUCUUUCAACCUAAGUGCUAGUUAUGAGUACACAAUUCUAUUUUAAUUACGUAAUUUUGCGAUUUGGAUUUUUUUUUUCAUGGAACUGGCGACGUCUACUUAUUUUGAAUUAUUUUUCUACAUAUCAGUUUUCGUAAUUUAUUAUUAAUGGUCCUGUUGAUAAAUACAUAGGUAAACGAUUUUCUUUAAUUGCUGCUGUGUUCGAGUUGAAUUUUGGAAUACAAUAGUUACCACUUA